AUGCACAGAUACACAGAUACACAGAUACCCAGAUACAAGAUAUCCAGAUACACAGAUACACAGAUACCCAGAUACACAGAUACCCAGAUACACAGAUACCCAGAUACACAGAUACGCAGAUACACGGAUACCCAGAUACACAGAUACUCAGAUACACAGAUACCCAGAUACACAGAUACCCAGAUACACAGAUACCCAGAUACACAGAUACCCAGAUACCCAGAUACACAGAUACUCAGAUACACAGAUACACAGAUACACAGAUACCCAGAUACCCAGAUACCCAGAUACACAGAUACCCAGAUACCCAGAUACACAGAUACCCAGAUACACAGAUACCCAGAUACACAGAUACCCAGAUACACAGAUACACAGAUACCCAGAUACACAGAUACCCAGAUACACAGAUACCCAGAUACACAGAUACGCAGAUACACGGAUACCCAGAUACACAGAUACUCAGAUACACAGAUACACAGAUACCCAGAUACACAGAUACCCAGAUACACAGAUACCCAGAUACACAGAUACCCAGAUACACAGAUACCCAGAUACACAGAUACACAGAUACCCAGAUACACAGAUACCCAGAUACACAGAUACCCAGAUACACAGAUACCCAGAUACACGGAUUCCCAGAUACACAGAUACUCAGAUACACAGAUACACAGAUACCCAGAUACACAGAUACCCAGAUACACAGAUACCCAGAUACACAGAUACCCAGAUACACAGAUACCCAGAUACACAGAUACGCAGAUACACGGAUACCCAGAUACACAGAUACUCAGAUACACAGAUACCCAGAUACACAGAUACCCAGAUACACAGAUACCCAGAUACACAGAUACCCAGAUACCCAGAUACACAGAUACUCAGAUACACAGAUACACAGAUACACAGAUACCCAGAUACCCAGAUACCCAGAUACACAGAUACCUAGAUACCCAGAUACACAGAUACCCAGAUACACAGAUACCCAGAUACACAGAUACCCAGAUACACAGAUACACAGAUACCCAGAUACACAGAUACCCAGAUACACAGAUACCCAGAUACACAGAUACGCAGAUACACGGAUACCCAGAUACACAGAUACUCAGAUACACAGAUACACAGAUACCCAGAUACACAGAUACCCAGAUACACAGAUACCCAGAUACACAGAUACACAGAUACCCAGAUACACAGAUACCCAGAUACACAGAUACCCAGAUACACAGAUACCCAGAUACACAGAUACCCAGAUACACAGAUACCCAGAUACACAGAUACGCAGAUACACGGAUACCCAGAUACACAGAUACCCAGAUACACAGAUACACACUACGGACAUAUUACACUCCUCUGUUUUCGUCGGGGGUUAAUAAUGGCACUUUUCAGAUGUUAACAAGUCAAGAAAUUUAA